AUGGGCUACCGAGUGGGCAGAAGUGAAGUGGACGAUCCUGCAAAUGAAGCGAUUCGCCGCGGUCCGGACGAGAUGGCAAUCAGGUGCAGGCAGGGGCAGUCCGGCGGGCUUGGGGCGAUCAGGGCUAAAGGUUGUCCUGAAAUGCAGGGGUUACCGUGGUCUAAGGCUGGGCCUGACAAGAGAAGAGGAUGGCCGGCUGGACCCUGUCGCUCGGGCCCCUGGCACGUUGGCCUGCGCCCUGGGCCCUGUCCACUAAGUGGACACGCAGAUGCACAUGCACCCGAAGCAUGUACAUCUGCGUGUCAGGCCACGGGUCUUUGUCAUCAUGACGACGUAGACUGGGCUGCCGUUGCAGACUCAUCCGUUCGUGGACGAGUGACAGCAGCCCCGUGUGAACUGGGUUUAGAAAGCGUCAGAUUCAGCCUGUCCGGCUGGGGGCAUAGGCACACUCCUCCUCGACCUUGCACUCACAAGCCGCAAUCGCCCUCGACUCUAUCCUCGACCUCGCCGUACCAAUCGCUUAGCCCCUUCCUCGAUUUCUAA